GUGGGGCGGCUAGCCGCACGGAAGUGGUUUCGUCUCGGCGGUUUUACAACAGCACCUGUUUGAGAAAUGAUAGCUCCUGCAUAUUUAAUAUCCAGUUACCUCUAUUAACUGUUUCUCAUGUCUCAAAGGGAGUAUUUUAUAUUCCAUUAAUAUAUCAUACAUAUAUUUACAUUAAACGAGCUACACGGAGGAGCGUUAGCCAGCCUGUUAGCUAGCUUGAUAAAAGCAAGCAGCCAUGCCGUCCUACUCAGAAGUGAGAAAAAGCAACCACUUCUACUAUUUCAUCAAGUUCACACUAAAUGUCUACUCAAUGCUUUUCUCGCUCAUGGGCCUGUGCGUGUUGUGUGUGGGAGUAUAUGCGGAAGUGGAGAGGCAGAAGAAUCGGACCCUGGAGGGUCUCUUCCUGGCUCCCGCCGUGGUGCUCAUCCUGCUGGGCCUGGUGAUGUUCACCGUGUCCGUGGUGGGAAUGGUCGGAUCCCUCAGGGACAACAAGACCCUGCUGCACAUGUUUCUCUGUGUUCUGUGUGUGCUGCUGCUCCUCCAGGCAUUGACACUCGCCAUGGCUCUCAUCUUUGAAAAGAAGACAGUUGCGUUGUUUCAGAGCACCAUACGGGAAGGAAUUAAACACUACUACGACGAUCUGGACUUCAAAAAUAUCUUGGACUAUGUCCAGCAAAAGUUUUCCUGUUGUGGAGGGGAUGAAUAUAAGGACUGGGGAGUCAAUCAGUACCAUUUCUGCAACGGUACUGGUCCACUGGCCUGCGGGGUUCCGUACACCUGCUGUGUUCGCAAGCUGGGAGAAGUUAUCAACACCUUUUGUGGCUACAGCACUCUGAAUGAAGAGUUUCACUUUAGAAGUUCUACUUUCUUCCUACUUUCUCCCGCUCUGGGCUCUGGCCAUCAGCGCGCAACCCUGCAGGAGGUGAUCCAUGUGCGCGGCUGCAUCCAUGCAGUCAACCUCUGGAUGAGUGACAACAUUGGAAUAACCGUCGCCCUCUGCUGCGCCAUCGGGCUGCCACAGCUGCUGGGCAUCCUCCUGAGCUGCGUCUUCUGGAACCUGCUGGUGGACAUGAGCGAGUCGGCCGACAUGGUGGACUUCAAGCUGAAGAAGUCCGAGUUCGAGUACAGCGAGCUGGACCUGGCGGGUGCCGGCUGGUGCCUGUGCCUUCCCAGGGACGGCGGCUACCUGCCUGUGCCGGCGUCCGAGCCUGAGCUCGACCCCAUUGACAUUCACCUGGAGAAGCUGAAGAAGCAGCCGCCCCGGACCCACGCCCAGCUCAGAGAGCUGCAGCAGUCCCGGUCGGCCAGCGGCCUGGAUGAGGUCGACGUGGGCCGGCGGCAGAAACGGGACCACUGACUUCAUCUCCCGUCCAGCCUAGUUUUUUUUGUUAUUUUUUUUGUCCCUUUUGGGGUUUUUAUGCCUUUCUUUUUUUAAAUUUUCUUGUCUGUGUAAUUGAUGACAUUCAUUUCGGUUGUGUUGCACUACUCAAAGUUUGAUCGCGAGCCACUGAAUCAAAAGGAAGUGGGUCGGCUGAAGGGAUCAGAAGUACUUUUCGCACUUUGUUUACAGCAAAUUUAAAACAAAAUUUCUUUUAAAAGAGGGAUUUCCUUUGUUUUAUCAGUCAUUUUAUAUUUUUUGAAGCCUUGACUGAGCCACGGCUCAUGUGCUAAAGCUUACCUCAGGCUAUUUUGAAAAUAGCCCAGUAGUCAGAGGACGAAACAGUUUUGGUUGUAUAAAUAAAUCAAUGGUUGCUUUUCGUUGUGUGAGAAUAGGACUAGCCAGGUGUGUCUUGCUUGUAGCGUCUGUGACGGAUUUUUACGGUUUGUGUAAUGUUUUUUUGUUUUUUUUAAAAUGAUUUUUAAUUUAAUUUUGUGCAAUCACUGUACAUUGUAAGACUGCUAUUUGUGAAAUAACAUGGGAUGCAUGUUUUGUACUGUAUAUGAAGUCAUUUUAAAGAGGACAAAAAAAGCUCUGUACUUGAGGCUUUUCCAUUUUAAUAAAAAGGUUUUUAUUCCUUCCAUCUUUAGAGGAAUUCCUAAAGGGAUUAUCCACCUGACCUGGAAAAAAAAAAACAGAGUUUUUUUGUAUGAGUUGCAUUAUUUUGAGCUUCCUCCCAGCUCCUGCCUUGUAUAAACACUAAUGUUCUUGUCAAUAAACUGAAUUUGUCUACUGAU